GUAGUACACCACUCGUCUUCGUCAUUGUCUUGGGAAUAAAAAUGGCCGGUGCGGAGCAGGAGCAGCUGGGCGAUUUGCGCCGCACGCUAAACGAAGCGCUGGAGGUGAAGGGCGGCGCUGGGGGUGCCACUCCGAGCGGGAGUGGGCCGCCGAAAAGUACGAUGCUCGUGUUACCCGGGUCGCCGGACCAUCCACGGACAGGUACUGGAGAAAACAUCAGUGCGGGGGGAAGCACCCAACACGUGCCGCCGCCCAGCCCGUGUCACUCGGCAAUGUACAACUUCAUUUAUGAAAUUUGACUAACGCGGCCAUCUUCGAAUUUGUGCGGACAUAAGCCCGGCGUUCUUUGAGUAUGUUCGUAGUUGUAUUUAUUCACGACCGAAAAGUCGGACUUUUUGAUUUUGUUCGGUAGAUCAUGAGUAUUUUGUUUCCAUCAGCAUGGAAAACAAUUCCAACCUCAGCGGCCUGCCGUCCGUUCUCGGGAGUCAGGACGGCAUUUCGACCGGGCAGAUAAAUUUUCCCGGAUUAUCAUUAUCCUCAUCACCAUCACCGAACCCGCCGCCAAAAGACGGAGGGGGUGCAGCUACAACUUCUACGUCUUCUACUGCCGAAGGUCCAACUAGUAAGGACAAAGAGAAGAAACACAGUCAAAACCAGGUCAACUGCAAGUCUCGUCCGGGAUCGAUCGCGCAGCAGUUGCAGGUGGUGCACAAACGCUCGGACAUAUCGCAAGAAAAAAGUGUUACAGUUACACAUUGUGUUGCGAAACAAGCAACACAGGCAACCUCUGUCAUGCCGGAUAUGUAUAGGAGCCUCGUUUCAUAGGUGUUUUCCCGUGCGAUUUCUGCAUUACAAGUUUUCUCCCUCAUGCAGAGAAAUUUGUGUUGCUGAAUUGACCACAAAUGUGUAACUGUGACACUUUUUUCGUGGGAUAGGACACCAGUACCAGCUCAGUAAUUUCUUCGUCCCAUCGGCACAGCCACAGUCAAAUCCUGGCGAUGAACAUUGCGGAAGAGAGUGAAGAAAGGGAUUGUUCUCAUCAUGCCGCCCCAGACGGCGGGCUUCUCGGAAGCGGCACAAAUGUCCGCACCGGCUCCUCCGCAUCUUCUCCGAGCAACGCAAACACCAAUUUUUCGUCAUCCGCAAACCAAAACGUCGCGUCGGCCGCCAUUCUCUUGCACUCACCGACGACACACGACAGCAACAGUGUGGAGAAAAGCGUUUCCACGGGGGGCGAUGUUACCGUGGAGAAAAACCUUUCGGGAAAUGCGCAGUCUUUGGAUUUGCUGGAGGCGAACCAGACGAAAGGCCUGGGGUUGCAGCAGAGCCACUCCACCCGGAGCGCGCGGCAGGUGUGCUCCCCGCUAGCCCCGAUCAAGUCGGAGCGGCACGCCGAGCAGGUG